UCAUUCCUCGCCGCGCCGCCACUCGCCUCCUCGCCGCGCGCAGGCGGCCAUGCUGAGGGGGCGGGAGAGCCUGGUCCGCCUCAUCGGCCGGCGCCGCCGCUGCUCCUCCCCUCUCCCCGCCGCCCUCUCCUUCGGUGCCUUGCCCCCGUCGUCCCCUUCCCGCUCCCUCCAGGUCGACGCGGGUGACGCGGAGAGGGAAGCCGCUGCGGCUGGCUCUUCGUCGGGAGGGCUUGCGCGCGACGGCGCCGGCGCCGGCGCGGAGUGGGUGGCCUGCCCCGUCUGCGGCGAGCCCAUCCGUGGCACGGAUUACUGCGUCAAUACGCACCUCGAUAUGUGCCUGACAAGAGGAACAAAACGGAAGUUAACUCAGAGCACCCUUCUUGAUUUCAGUUUCAGUAAAAAAGCCGCGGGUGAUCCUGCUUUGAACAAUAAUCCCGAGACAGAAAAUAUGGAACUGACUGAUGGAAAUGUAUCUAGUGAUGGAGCAUUCUUUUCGUUGAACAAUGAAACGGUCAAUCCAAAGGGAAGUGCUAAUGCUUCAUCACCUGGUUGCCUUUAUGACUCUCUUGACACUGCAGAGACAUGUGAUACAUGUAUUCCACCGGAUACAUUCUUAUCAUACAGGGAAAAUACUGCAAACAAUGGUGUAGGAAAGAAGAACUUGUCCCAUAUCCCUCCAACUGAGGCAUUCUCAUGUACUAUUGAUGCACUUUCAGUGACAGAUUCUAGCAACAUAGUAGUAGUUGACACUGUCAUAGUGGGCAGGAGGUUCCAUGAAAACAUAGAACUGCAAGAAGGUGUGAGCAUUGCUCUUUCCAGAGACCCACAGAAUGCAAAGGACCCUGAUGCUAUCAAGGUGCUUUAUGCAGGCUAUGAGCGUGAACAGAUGCUUGGAUACUUACCUCGAGAGCUGGCUAAAGUUCUAGCUCCUCUACUGGACAGACAAUACAUUGAAUGCAAGGGUUGUGUGGUUGGUGUGCCUGAACAACAAUUUGAUCAUGUUCCAAUCCAGCUUACUUGUCAGAAAUGUAAAGAUAAAAAUGAAACACAUGACGAUCUGAAGCAUCCGCAGUUCUUAUGGGAAAAUUUCAUAGGUGCUGUUGGAAAUGGAAAGUUGCAGCGGCCUAGCAGUACAAGAUACCAAACAAAUUUUAGUUUGAUGAUAACAGAUGUGAUGGAAAACCAUUCACGCCUCUUUACUGACAAGGAAAAGUCAUUUUUAGAUUCUUUUCAGUUGUUAUCAGAUGAUGGACAAAGGCUCUUUGUUAGGAUCUACACUCGAAAAGGGCCAUGGUUUCAAAUAAGCAGUAUCUCAUAUCGAGAGAUAUCAGAUCUGGGGCAGGCAGCCAUGGAACUUAAGUUGGCAGGUUAUAUUGACAUGAUAUCCAGCGUGAAUGAUCUAUCUAAAUAUAAUAUGAAGGAGGUUUUUGAUGUGCUAAGUGUUCCUGAAAUGAAAGAAAUUCUAAAAGAGCUCCAAAAGACUAACGCUAACUGCACACGCCGACAUGAGCUUCUUAGCACCCUCCAGUCUUUAUAUGAUAGUGGAACCUGCACAGUUCUACAAAAGCGAAUUCUGAAAUGGAUAGGAACAUGCAUAAGAACUUCUGAUAUGGCUGAUGAACUUCUGUGGCGUGUCCAGAGGCUCUUUUUUCUAAAUGGUGAUCAAGACCUUUCAUCCUUUCUGUUAGUGGAUCUUGGUCUUGUGAGAUUUCCGGUCUAUGCCUGUACCAUUUCUAACCGUGUUUUUAAGGAAAGGAGUGAUCUACUUCAGUAUGAAGAGGCUAUUCAAGUGGCACAGGUAAUGGAUCAAUCUCUUGAUAAUAAUAACAUGGAAAUUGUGACAAGAUGCAUUGAGUUAUCUGAGAAUCGACUAAGCGCCUUGCCAAAAGAAGAAAAUGCAACUAUGGCUGAGUGUCCCCCAUCAUUCUUCUCACGUUUUUCAGCUUCCUGGGUCUAUCCGAAGAUACUUACUUUAGGUGUUUCUGUCUAUGAACGUGACCGUAGGUAUACUGACGCAAUUAGAAUUCUAAAGAGACUUCUUAGUACAGUUUAUUCUGAUAGAAAGCGAGGAUAUUGGACCCUGAGGUUAUCUGUUGAUUUGGAGCACAUGAAUCGUCAAAAUGAGAGCUUGUCAAUAGCUGAAGCAGGGGUAAUUGAUCCAUGGGUCCGUGCUGGUCCAAAGAUUGCACUGCAAAGGAGAGUUUUGCGUUUAAGCAAACCUCCACGGCGCUGGAAAACUCCCAGUUAUGCCAAUGCUGUUAAGAGAAAUAUAAAUGAGGUAAAAAUAGAAGGAAGACCAUUAAAUUGUGAAACAGGUGCAAAGAACAUAUUUUAUGGAUAUGAUGGUGAACUUUGUGGGGUAGAGCAGUUAGCUCUACAAUAUUACGCAGACGAAGGAGGGGGUUGGCAAGGUACCCAUUCAGAGGGUGGCAUUUGGAUGACAAUCUUUGGCCUCCUAAUGUGGGAUGUAAUAUUUUCAGACAUAGUGGAUGUUUUCCAGGCAAAAUUUCAGACAGCCCCUCUGGACCUGGAAACGGAUGACUUCUACAGAUCAAGAAAGGACCUCGUAGAGUCCCAAUUGAAAAAAAUUCAAGAUGGUAUGGCUGAAGAAAUGCUUAUCAGUUCGUGGGAGCUACAUCAAGGGACAUCCUGCAGAGGCGUUAACUGGGACCGGAAUUCCUUGACAGAUCUACGAGCUGCCGUCGUAUGCACCGGUGGCCAUCGCCUGGCAUCUCUCCUCCGACAUCUAGCCCUCGAUUACAGAAGCUGGUCUAGUGGGACGCCCGAUUUGCUGCUAUGGCGUUUCCCUGACGAACGAGGUGGCGGCGAAGCUAAACUUGUGGAGGUCAAGGGACCGAGGGACCAGCUGUCUGAGCAACAGCGUGCCUGGAUACUUGUUCUCAUGGACUUUGGAUUUGAUGUGGAAGUUUGCAAAGUGAGCCCGGUUUCUAAGAGGAGAUAAGAUAGGUCCUGAGUUCAAGUUAUAAAUGUGUAAAAAUUUCUAUUAAAUAGAUCAUAUCUGCAUAGAUUUUUUUUUUCAAUUGAUUAGAGGGUCAAGAACUGUAACGUAUGAACAACGACGUUAUUGCAAUUAAUCUACUAGAUCUUCAAGAGUGGAAGGAUACGACAACUUUAUUUAGUGCCUUUCAUGUUUAGUUAUGUUGAGGUUCAUAAGAAUUGGCAGCUCCCAAUUUGGACUAGCUAUCUGUAGGUUGAUGUGUUGAUUCGGAAAAGGAAUUGGGUUCUACAAAC